AUGUUCCUUCCCUUCCAAGAACUGCAGACCCUGUCCCUGUAUCUAAAUAUAAAGGGAUGCAUACCUGGUGCAGGUUUUGAUGUGUGGUCAAAAUUGCGAAAAUUAAGAAGCCUUGAUCUAUUUGGAAAUAACUUAAGUGACUACAGCAUCCCAUCCUUAGUUGCAGUUUCGUCACUACGGCGCCUGUCCAUCAGUUUUAAUAACUUGACCUCCCCUGUGUCGAUCCAACAUUUGAGUACAAUGAAGCUGGAUACUCUUGAUCUAAGCGGUAAUGCAUUCAACGGCACCUUACCAACAGGUAUUUGCGACAUGCAAAAUCUUGAAGAAUUAUAUCUUGGUGGAAGUACGUUGUUUGGAGAGCUUCCAUCGUGCAUAGGGAAUCUUACUUCUCUCAGAAUCCUGGAUCUGUCGAAUAAUCUAUUUACGAUAAAGUUUCCCUCUCUUAGCUUUGCCCAUUUGACUUCAUUGGUGGAACUUUCCCUAUCCAAUAACAAUCUUGAAGGAGUUCUCUUCCUAGGUUCCUUGUCAAACAGUAGCCAAUUGACACAUCUGGAUCUUUCAAGCAGUGGUAACCAUUUUCAAGUGGAAACUGUGACUCCAACAAUUAGCCUGUCAGCUCAGCUCCAGGUUAUGGUACUGCCAAACUGUAACCUUAAUGGCAAUUCUGCUGUUAUAUUAAGUUUCUUAUCGCAUCAACAUGCAUUAGAAGCUGUUGAUAUAUCUAAUAAUAACCUAAGCGGCCACUUCCCUUCAUGGUUGAUAGAGAAAAAUGUGAACCUGUCACAUCUAAAUCUGCAAGGCAACUCCUUUAGUGGAAGUCUUCUUCUUCCAUCCAAAGUACACAACAGUCUGUACUGGCUUGAUGCAUCUCAUAAUAGACUAAGCAAAUUACCUACGGGCAUCAACAUCACAUUCCCAAAUCUGUACUAUGUAAACCUGUCUAGGAAUUCCUUCCAGGGCAUCUUUCCUUCGGGGCUUCACUAUAUAGACAGCCUGACAUUUUUGGACUUGUCUAACAACAAUUUCUCCGAUAACAUAGUGUCUGCCUUUAAUGGAAGCAAGUCCAAUAUCCGUUCUUUGUUCCUGUCUGGCAACAAUUUCUAUGGUUCAUUCCCUCAAGGCAUACUAUUAGGUUCCACCUACCAUCUACUACUCAACGAUAACCAAAUCACCGGGGAAAUCCCCGAUAAUAUAUGUCUUGGUCAGCAGCUUACUUUGCUUGAUGUUAGCAGUAACAAGUUGACUGGCUCUCUCCCUACUUGCAUACAUGCACUCGAAAAUAUUGCCAUCUUGAAUCUAAGAGGCAAUUCAUUGGGUGGAUCGAUUCCGCUGAAAUUAUGCCACCUUAAAAAUCUUGUGUUCCUCGAUAUGUCAAAAAACAACCUUUCCGGUCCAGUGCAAUGUUUACCCAGUUUGCAGUAUCUUCACCUGAGUGAAAAUCGACUAAAUGGAACGUUCCCUUUCCCGUUGUCCUCGGGAACUGAUACAUACACAAUGGAUCUACGGCAGAACCAAUUCAGUGGAAUCCUUCCAGAAUUGAUGCACAAGUCCUUUCCAAAGCUAAAAAUAUUGUUGCUCGAAGGAAAUAUGUUUGAAGGACUGAUUCCAAAUGAUAUAUGUCACUUAAGGUAUUUGCGUCUACUAGAUCUGUCUCAUAAUAAGCUGCUGCCUUGUGACCAUGAGGUCACGGGUUCAAGUCCUGGAAACAGCCUCUUGCAGAAAUGUAGGGAAAGGCUGCGUACAAUAGACCCAAAGUGGUCGGACCCUUCCCCAGACCCUGCGCAAGCGGGAGCUACAUGCACUGGGGCUGCCCUUUUUUUAGAUCUGUCUCAUAAUAAGCUCUCUGGACAGCUACCUUCAUGCCUGAGCAAUAUGGGGUUUGAUGGUGAUUUGUAUAACUUCCUAUACAAUGACUCAGAUACUUCAGUAGUAAUGAAUCACACCAAUGGCUAUGAUAUUGGGAGCGUAGUAGGUACUUCUCCCGUGCCUGAAUUUUUCAUAGGACCAGACCAAGAAGAAUUCAUGACCAAGAGCAGGCAAGACAAAUACAAGGGAAACAUCCUCAGUUACAUGUCUGGACUUGACUUCUCUUCAAACCAGUUGGAAGGAUACAUUCCUAAAAGUAUAGGUGACAUGAAAUGGUUACGGGCACUGAAUUUUUCCAACAACUGCUUUCAUGGACCAAUACCAGAUUCUUUGUCACAUUUAAGUAAUCUCGAGAGCUUGGAUCUGUCGCACAACAACUUGACAGGUCAAAUACCACAAGAGUUGGUAGAACUACAUUCUUUGGAGGUAUUCACUGUGGCGUACAAUAACUUGUCCGGCCCUACAUUGGGUAGAAACGGCCAAUUCAUCACAUUUGAUGAGAGCAGCUAUGCAGGCAAUCCAUAUCUCUGCGGACCACCACUGCUGAAGAGUUGCUUUGAUGCACCGUCGAUUCCUCAGCCUGAAGAACAUGAAGAUGAUAGUAAACUUGCCAAUCUGGCACUAUUCAGUUUUUCAGUGUUGUGCUACCUGAUUGGUUUCUGGACCUCCUUGGUUGUGCUUUAUUUCAAGAGAAGCUGGCGCUGGUCAUGGUUUUCAGCAGUGGACAGGCUUGGUGACAUUCUGAUGGUUAGGUCAGCUUUAUGCAUGAGAAGGUUUAACCGCACCGACUGA